ACAUUGAUGUACACAACUGUAUACAACUUUUGUGUUUGGUUGAAGUUGCAUGGAGCGUGUAAAAUACUUUAAUUAGCCAGAAUAAUAACGAAACAAAUAAUCAAUGGUUCAGUAUAUUGCGAUAUAGCUUUUUCUGAAUAUUUUCAUUAUACAAUCACGAACAUUUCCACAAUGAGCCAGGAUAAUCAAAGUAACAACGAACAACCUCCAAUAAAGAGAUACAGAAGGGAAGAGGAAGAAGACAGUCCUUUGGAUACGGAUGACGAUUAUGAACCAUAUGUACCUGCCAAGCAUCGUAAAAGGCAAUUGCUCACAAAACUGGGUAAGAUUGGACAGUUAAAGGAGGAAACUAACAAUGGCAUUGGCAAGAGCAGUAGUGAGAAUGAAAAAGAUGAUGCUGAUAAUGAUGACGGACAAGUUUGGGGGAGGAAAUCUAAUAUUUCUCUUCUCGAUCAACACACCGAAUUGAAGAAAUUAGCUGAAGCUAAAAAGGAAAGUGCUAUGGAGAAACAGUUGAAGGAGGAAGAAAAAAUUCUGGAAAGCGUGGCUGAGAAUAAAGCUUUGAUGGGCGUCGCUGAAUUAGCCAAAGGUAUUCAAUACAAAGAUCCUAUCAAAACUAAUUGGCAACCACCAAGAGUGAUACUCAAUCUCGGCGAGGUGCGUCAUGAGAGAGUACGUAGGAAGCUCAGGAUACUUGUGGAGGGUGACGAAGUACCACCACCCUUAAAAACCUUCAAGGAAAUGAAAUUUCACAAAGCGAUCUUGUAUGGACUGGAACAGAAGGGUAUCACCAAGCCAACUCCAAUUCAAGUCCAAGGAAUACCCACAGUAUUAUCUGGGCGCGAUAUGAUUGGUAUAGCUUCUACCGGUAGUGGUAAAACGUUGGUGUUUGUUUUACCUAUCAUUGAAUUUUGUCUGGAACAAGAAAUCGAUAUGCCAUUCAUUAAAAAGGAGGGGCCUUAUGGUUUGAUAAUAUGUCCCUCAAGAGAAUUGGCUAAGCAAACCUACGACAUAAUUCGACACUACACUAAUAGCUUAAGACAAACGGAGUGCCCGGAAAUACGCUGUUGCUUGGCGAUCGGAGGUGUGUCUGUUUCGGAGUCGUUAGCUAUAAUCAACAAAGGAGUACAUAUAAUGGUAGCAACUCCGGGACGAUUAAUGGACAUGCUACAUAAAAAGAUGGUCACUUUAAGUGUAUGUCGUUAUCUUUGCAUGGACGAGGCAGAUCGCAUGAUAGAUAUGGGAUUCGAGGAAGAUGUGCGAACAAUAUUCUCAUUUUUCAGAGGUCAGAGGCAGACGCUUCUAUUCUCUGCUACUAUGCCGAAAAGAAUUCAAAACUUUGCGCGUUCAGCACUGGUGAAACCUAUAACGAUAAACGUUGGCCGAGCCGGAGCCGCAUCAAUGAAUGUAAUACAGGAAGUAGAGUAUGUUAAGCAAGAGGCUAAGAUCGUUUAUCUUCUGGAAUGUCUUCAAAAGACUGCACCACCAGUCUUAAUAUUCGCAGAAAAAAAGCGCGAUGUAGAUGCUAUUCACGAGUAUCUGCUUAUAAAAGGAGUGGAGGCUGUUGCAAUACAUGGAGGAAUAGAUCAAGAGGAAAGAUCACGUUCGGUGGAAGCGUUUCGCGCGGGUCGAAAAGAUGUGCUUGUUGCUACAGAUGUUGCUUCGAAAGGUCUCGAUUUUGCCGACGUACAACACGUUAUUAAUUAUGACAUGCCAGAUGACGUAGAAAAUUACGUGCACAGGAUAGGACGAACUGGUCGUUCUGGACGUACUGGUAUAGCGACGACUUUUAUUAAUAAAGCGAAUGAUGAAUCAGUACUGCUCGAUCUUAAACAUCUGCUAAUGGAAGCAAAGCAAAAGGUGCCACCGUUCUUGCUAGAACUUUGUUCGGAAAAUGAAAAAUAUCUUAAUUUGGGAGACGAACGCGGCUGCAGUUACUGUGGUGGACUCGGACACAGAAUCACAGAGUGUCCGAAAUUGGAAGCUGUGCAGAAUAAACAGGCGUCCAAUAUUGGACGUCGCGAUUAUUUGGCCAGUAAUGCCGCUGAUUAUUAAGGGAUGCAUUUUUAACAAAAUUGUAUUUAUUAUAAAUAUGUAUAUAUGAAAAUUUAUUUCUAUUAAUACUAUUUAAGUAGUAAGUAAAAAAAGAAAAUAAAUAUUUAAACUAAA